AUGUUAGAAAAUAUAUAUAGUUAUUUUUUUGGAAACAACACAGAAUCUAAUUCUGAAAACUCUAGUAAUGCUAAUGAAAACAUAAAUGAAGAAUGGAUAUUGGUGGUGAAUGAAGAUAAAAUUAGUAAUGAUAAUAAUUGUAUUGAAAAUUAUUCUCUUGAUAUAUAUAUGGAUGACUUAAAAAAUACUACUACUUAUAAAUAUUUUGAUACAAUAUCCUCAAGAAUAGGCAAAAAUAUUAUUCAAAAAAAAGAAAGUAAUGAUGAGAUAACAAAAUACUUUUCAACUAGUAGUAAUACAAAACAACCAACAUCUAAGCAAGUAAUUUUGUAUUUUCAUUUAGAUCCUGUUAAUGAAAUUAUGGAUCAAACUUAUAUUUACCAUCUUUUGAAUAAAAAAAAUAGUCAAUGGUCCCCAGUAAUCAAAGAACCAAUAUAUAAAAUGCUAAAACAAAUAGAAUGGAAAGAUAAAAAUGAUAAUAAUAAAAUUGAUAUAAUUUUAAAAGAUAAUGUUUCUUUAAAACAUAAAGUACAAAUAACUUAA